AUGCCGAACAUCCUUUGUACGCUUUCUGAUCCAGAUGUUCAAGGCGCCAUUGAAUGCGGCGAAGGUCUAAUCAGAGACAACCUGUCGACAUAUAUAUACCAGAAUUUCACCAUCUGGCAGAAGGAAGGCUUUUGGUUUCACAAUUCUCCAUCUCUUUCAGCUUCAACCCGCUCAAUCGAGGAAAGAGCUGGAUAUGCUUUUCGACAUGCUUAUACGCUUCCGGAAUCUAGAUCGGACCGCAGACUCCGAUUGUUUGUCUCGCAAACCUUGCUAUACUUUUCCUUAAAACUACUGAUGCGAGAAACCAAGCGAGAGAUGGAACAUGGAAUGCUAAAAAAUUCUCGUUGGCAGACUGCUGCGAAACUCUCUAUGGACCGUCUUUUGGCAGUUGCAUAUCCUGAUGAGUGGGAUACGAUGAGCAUCUCGCAAAAGGAUACCCUGCGAGUGAAACUUCAUGAGUUCAAGAGACAGGGCAGCCGAUGUUGGCAAGCAGCAGGAUUGAAUCUUCACUCAUCUCUAUUCAGCAAGAACCACAAGAAAUAUCCUAUUCAAAAAUUGGAUAUCGUCAUAAAUUAUGUUUUCAAUGCUCAUCCAGAUGUAGUAAGCAUUUACAAUGGCUUCGAUGAGUUGAUGACGCAAGUUCUAUGCGGAGAUACUGUCACAGCAUGGCCAUCAAGGCAGGUAAUUAAUGAUAAAGUAGCUGCAACGAUGUUGGCUGUUGACGCGAGAAAGACAACCCCACCUCAGCCCAAUACCUCGCCAGCAGACACAGACCCCCUUAAGAGAAGCUGGCUGGAUGUGGUCUUGCAAUAA